UUAGAAUUUUAGAAUCUUAGUGUUUUAUAAUAAAAUAAUUAAAAUAAGUAUAAUACAAAACACAUAACUUAUUAUUUAUUUAUAGUGUUCAUUGAGAAAACCGAUUCUAACCUCUUACUUUUAAUACAUGUUCAACAUUUUUCAUAACAGAAUAUUAAUUUAAAAAGUAUUAUACAGAAAUUAUCGUGUCUUAUAAAAUAUUAUGUAUUAGAAUGAGUUCCUUGUAUUUAAUUGGAAAUGAAUUAUUGCGUGGACAAGUAAACAAUAAUUUGUAACAUAAAGAUGCAGUCAGAUGAUGAAUUGUCUGAAGGUGAGGAAGAGAUGCUUGUAUAUGUGGAGUUUGAAGGAUUUACCGGAAAUGAUAUGUUUAAUAAGGAAAAUCUUCAAUUGGAUAUGAUUGGAAUAGACACUGAACAUCCUAUAAUGGAAAUUAAUGGGCGAUAUUAUGAAGGCACUUAUGAAGACGCUGUAGGUACUUACAUGUUCUUUGAGAAGGAUGACAAUCCAAAGGUGGAUGAUGAAAUAUUUGACAAAGUACCAUGUUUAAAAUAUUUUGCAAAAACAAAAAAAUUGCUUAAGAUGCAGAGAGUAUUUACGAAACCAAGAGUUGAGAUUCUUGGUGAUUCUCAACAUGAAGGUUGUAUACCAAAUACUGAAACGUUAUCGCAAGCUGGAGUACCUCCAAAAUAUCAAGAGGAAGCCAUGCAGUUCUGGAAUAAAGUACGUAUUGACAGACUAGAAGAAUUAAGUGAAUUUUUGGAGAAACAGAAGAUUAGAGAAGAGAAUAAAUCAAAAGGCGUUGUGUCAGAUUCAGACUCUGAGAAGGAUAAUCUUGUAAAGCAGAGCAAAGAAAAACCAGAAGAGAAGCAUGAUUGAACUUAAAAUAUUAGUCUUAUCAAAAAGAAAAUGUGAUGUAUAAUAAAAAAAAGCUUAAUUUUCUGAUCUUAUUUCAAGCUUAAUUUUAAACACAUUCAUACAAUAUCUGUACAUAUAAUUAUAAGAAAUUUUACAUCUCUACAAAAAAAUGUUCUGAGUUUUUUAUUUUGAAUGUAGCAAGCAUAACAUGAUACAGUUAACACGAUGUAGAAUAUCUCACAUAUUAUAUUACUUAUUCUUUUUA